UUGUUUGAAGCAUGUCUGGGCGCGGUAAAGGUGGAAAAGGUCUUGGAAAAGGAGGCGCUAAGCGUCAUCGCAAAGUUCUGCGUGAUAAUAUCCAGGGUAUUACGAAGCCUGCGAUUCGUCGUUUGGCUCGCCGUGGAGGAGUCAAGCGUAUAUCUGGGCUCAUCUACGAAGAGACUCGUGGAGUCUUGAAGGUGUUUUUGGAGAACGUUAUUCGUGAUGCGGUCACCUACACCGAACACGCCAAGAGAAAGACCGUCACCGCUAUGGAUGUAGUUUAUGCGCUGAAGCGUCAGGGUCGCACUCUGUAUGGCUUCGGUGGUUAAAUGUUUAUGCCUUUUUAAAUACUUCCUGGAACGACCCAAAGGCUCUUCUAAGAGCCACCCACAUUUGCAAUGACAAGUACAAUUUCCUAGUUUGUGUGUCCCUGUUAAUGGCCGCAAUGGAACUCUCCAACCGUCGCAUCCUGUUUUGUAGAUUAGGUAACGCGUGAGGCUGUAUAAAGUGUCGGCAUGUCACCCUGCUUGCAAAAUGUUUAAUGUCAGCAUUGUUUUAGGCAAAUGUUUGUUCAAAACGGUAAUGGCAGUGAAAGACUUCGUAGGAGUA